AUGCACAAUGGAUUUCAGAUCGCAGAUGAUGAGGAUAUUUUGCUGCCCUUGGCUCUUAAAAAAUAUCCAUUACUUGCAGAAACAUUAAGAAAAGAUUGGCCAGCUUAUGCAGAAUUUGGAUAUUAUAAUGUGAUUACUUUUGCCCACGAGGGCUUCGAACAACUCUUACACAAGGCUGUCACAGAGACCAACAUCAUUAAUUGGGUCGAGAGUGUUAGGUUCCCGGUCAUCAGUUCUCGUAUUAUUUCAAUCGUUUACGCAAUGGUUGAAACUUUAAAACAUACAAAGGGGAUAGAAGUGGAGAGCACUGUGACUGGAAACGUUUUUUUCCGACCUAAGGAAGAAGGUGCUGCACUCGAAGUUCGGAUGCCUGAAGAGUGUUAUUUGGAAAGAAUUGACCAAUCUCAUGUGCCGCUGAUACAUUCUUUGUGGCCUAAUCGAAACAAAAGUAAUCCUGAAAUUUCAACAAAUCAACUUAUGACAAGGGUGAGGUUGAAUGGAGGUUUAGGACUAUUUUCAAAGGAGAAUAACGAACUUCUCUCCUGGAGUUUGCGAGGAGAAUUUGGUGAAAACGCUGUAACCCAUACGAUUGAAAAAGUUAGAAGAAAAGGAUAUGCAAAAGUAGUUGAAUGUGCAUUUGUUAACGAAUUAGCAAAACAAGGAUUUGAUGCGUUUGGAGUCAUAGUUAGUGGGAAUGUUGCUUCUGAGGCAUUGUGGAAAUUCACGAAUGGGAAAGUGAAACAACCUUCCGGAUGUGUACAAAUGACAAAAUUAAGGAAUCGGGAAUGA